AUGGCCGACAAAUAUGGCCCAAUUUUCAGCAUCCGUCUUGGACUUCGCCGGGCGAUUGUGGUUAGCAAUUGGGAGUUGGCCAAAGAACUGUCCACCACUCACGACCUAGCCGUGGCAUCACGUCCUCAAAGGCUAGCAGCAAAGCAUUUAGGGUACAACUAUGCCAUGUUUGCUUUCUCCCCCUACGGGUCGUAUUGGCGUGAGAUUCGGAAAUUUGUUUCCAUGGAGUUGUUGUCUGCUCGUCGACUCAACUUGCUCGGGCACAUAAGGGUGUCCGAGACAAGAGCGUCAAUCCAACAACUCUACAAGUUCUGGGAGGAUAAAAGAGAUGACUUCACUUUGAACACUCAUACUAGUGGUGUCUUAGUGGAGAUGGGGAGAUGGAUAUCGGACUUGUCCACAAACGUGAUCUUUAUGAUGAUCUUUGGAAAAAGAUAUUCCGGAGAUGAUCAUGAUAAGGAGGAAGCUCGAAAGUGUCAAAUGAUUUUUAAAAAGUUCAUAUAUUUGACUCGUACAAAUGUGAUGAGAGACAUGAUACCGUGGCUUGGAUGGUUAGAUAUAGGAGGUCACGAGAAGUCCAUGAAAGAUACAUCAAAAGAAUACGAUAAUCUUUUGAGGCAGUGGUUAGAAGAGCACCGUGAUGGACGAAUGCACAGUAAAGCUCAUGGCAAGGGGGUCGAACAAGAUUUUAUGGAUGUGAUGAUUUCAAAGCUUAAAGAUACAGAUAUAAAUGGUAUAAAUGGUUAUGACGCUGAUACUAUUAACAAAGCAACAUGUUCGAUUUUGAAUAUUGGGGGAGUAGACACGAUCACCACCAUGCUUACAUGGACUAUUUCCUUACUGAUGAACCAUCGCCAUGUGUUGAUGAAAGUUGAGGAAGAAUUGGACAUCCAUGUGGGCAAAGGAAGGCUCGUGGAGGAGUCUGAUAUUCCCAACUUGGUAUACCUCCAAGCUGUUAUGAAGGAAUCCCUAAGGCUAUAUCCACCGGCUCCACUAGGAGGCCCAAGAGAAGUCACACAAGAUUGUGUUGUGGGGGGCUAUCAUGUGGCGGCAGGGACAAGACUUUUCUUUAACAUAUGGAAACUCCAACGCGAUCCUAAGAUAUGGCCCGAACCACUAGAGUUUCGACCAGAGAGGUUCAUGACUACCCGUAAAAAUCUAGAUGUUCGCGGCCAGAAUUUUGAGUUUAUUCCUUUUGGCAGUGGUAGGAGAGUGUGCCCUGGAAUAAACCUUGGCAUGCAAAUGGGACACUUGGUCUUAGCUAGCUUGUUGCAAUCUUUUCAGCUCUUGAAUCCUAACAAUAAGCCUACAGAUAUGACUAUGAUUGAAGGAACAACAAUAUCCAAAGCUACCCCUCUUGAAAUUAUCAUCACUCCCAAACUUUCAAACAAUUUUUAUAUGUGACUCUCUACAUAAAGCUCAAAAGAUGAAUGACUUGGUCUUUAUAUUUGUAAGUUGAAAUGUUUGUUAUUAAUUGAAAUACUUUCAUGUUUAUGUUAUUAUU